UUUGCUUUCUGUGUUUUCCCUGGAAUUCGGUUUCCUUUUUGUUUUUUUUUUUCUUCGGCAGCGUUGGGUUUCGGUGUUUUUUCCUGCGGUUUUCACCUGAAUUUGGGUUCGUGGGAUGAUUUGAUAUCUGUGGGACCUAAUUUUGAGUUUUUCAGGAUUUUGUUUCGGGUUAAGGGUUUUAGGCUCAUGUUUUGAACAAUGUCAGCUUAGACAUUGUUCGAAGUUUGAACAGAGGAAACGGUUGUUGUUUGGACAAUUCUGAUGGUUUUGUGGUGAAGAUUAUCAAAGAAAAUCAAAUAUGUUGUCGAUAUCGCCAAAUUCAUUAGCUCGGAGCUCCUUGGAGGAAAUGCUGGAUUCUCUCCGGCGAAGAGACGAGAAUGCGAAGCAGAAGGACGUGCCUCCGCCUCUCCCGGCGCGACCCAGGCCUACCGCUCGAGCUCGCCUUCCAUCUGCCAAACGGCCGCUGCCCACGAGCUCCGGAAUUGGGGAAUCUGAGAAAGUCCAGAGCUCGUUAGGUUGUAGCGUGCAGAACGAAGACUUGAAAGGACUGAGACAGAAAAUUUUUGGGACUAAAAAAGUGAAAGAAAUGGGACCGGGCGAAUCACCCUACAUAAUGGUAGCAUCACCUGAGAUGGGACACAAGCCGAAGUCGGAAGAGAUAGCCAAGCUCGCAAACUCUCCUCCCGCAGCUGUCCCGAGGUUUACGGUGUCGCAAGGGGGUGAUAAUCUGGAAUAUUUUAUUAAAAAGAAACUUAGUGUUUGGUGUCGGCUGCAUAAUGGCAUAUGGGAAUCAGGGCAAAUACAAUCAACUUCAGGGGAGAAAGCUUCUGUUCUGCUGUCAGAUGGAAGUGUUGCAACAGUUCCAACACAGGCACUCUUACCUGCCAAUCCGGACAUUCUUGAGGGUGUGGAUGAUCUUAUACAACUUAGUUAUUUGAAUGAGCCUUCAGUUCUCCACAAUCUUCACUAUAGAUUUGCGCAAGACAUAGUAUAUAGUAAGGCAGGACCUGUUUUAGUAGCAGUCAAUCCUUGCAAAGAUGUCCAGCUGUAUGGGAAUGACUUUAUUACAGCUUAUAGACAGAAUCUCCUGGACAGCCCUCAUGUUUAUGCUGUUGCCGACGCAGCAUACAAUGAAAUGAUGACAGAUGGAAUAAACCAGUCUAUCAUCGUAAGUGGGGAGAGUGGUGCUGGGAAGACUGAAACAGCUAAGAUUGCCAUGCAAUAUUUGGCUGCAGUUGUUGGAGGUAGUAGUGGAAUAGAGUCUGAAGUCUUGGAAACAAGCUGUAUACUGGAGGCCUUUGGUAAUGCUAAAACAGCCAGGAAUGAUAACUCAAGCCGAUUUGGCAAGUUAACUGAAAUUCACUUUAGUGCUACUGGAAAAAUGUGUGGUGCUAAAAUACAGACUUUCCUACUUGAAAAGUCACGAGUUGUUCAGUUGGCCAAAGGAGAGAGGUCAUACCACAUUUUCUACCAGCUUUGUGCUGGGGCUCCUUCUGGUCUCCGAGGUAGGUUGAGGUUAAAAAGAGCUUGUGACUACACCUAUCUCAAUCAAAGUGAUUGUUUGGUGAUCCAUGAUGUUGAUGACGCCCGCAAGUUUCAUAUGCUUAUGGGAGCCUUAGAUACCGUCAGAAUUUGCAGAGAUGAUCAGGAGCAAGUUUUCGAGAUGCUUGCUGCAGUAUUAUGGCUGGGAAACAUAUCGUUUCGGGUUAUUGACCAUGAAAACCACAUAGACGUUGUUGCUGAUGAAGCUGUUAGCAAUGCUGCUUGCUUGAUUGGCUGUGGUAUUCAGGACCUAAUACUUGCUCUAUCAAUCCAUAGCAUACAAGCUGGAAGGGAGAAAGUUGCCAGAAGGCUGACGCUGCGACAGGCAAUUGAUACAAGAGACUCAUUAGCUAAGUUCAUCUAUGGGAGCUUGUUUGACUGGCUGGUUGAAAAGAUCAAUGUAUCACUUGCAACUGGCAAACAGCACACCGGUAGAUCCAUAAGCAUUUUAGAUAUUUAUGGAUUUGAAUCAUUUAAGAGAAAUAGCUUUGAACAGUUUUGUAUAAAUUAUGCUAAUGAGAGGCUCCAGCAACAUUUUAACCGGCAUCUGUUUAAACUUGCACAAGAGGAGUAUGAGUUAGAUGGAAUUGACUGGACAAAAAUAGAUUUUGAGGACAACCAAGACUGUUUGGAUCUCAUCGAGAAGAAACCUCUUGGGCUAAUAUCUUUACUGGAUGAAGAAUCAAAAUUUCCCAAGGCUACACAUUUAACUUUUGCCAUGAAGCUGAAGCAGCACUUAAAAUCUAACCGUUGCUUUAAAGGAGAACGUGGUGGAGCAUUUAGUAUUCGCCAUUAUGCUGGAGAAGUUCUUUAUGACACGGGGGAAUUCUUGGAAAAGAACAGAGAUGCAUUGCACUCUGAAAUCGUUCAACUACUCUCAUCUUGCACAGCAUGCCAGUUACCGCAGUGGUUUGCCUCCGUGCUCGAACAAUCCGAGAAAUUAACAAGUUCAGCUUUUCAGUUGGGAAGGCCUGCUUAUCAGAAGCAAAGUGUUGCCACAAAAUUCAAGGGACAGCUGUUUAAAUUAAUGCAGCAGCUUGAGAAGACAACUCCACAUUUCAUUCGUUGUAUAAAGCCAAAUAAUAAGCAGAUUCCUGGUGCAUUUGAGAAAGAUCUUGUGUUAGAGCAGCUUAGGUCCUGUGGGGUUCUAGAAGUUGUUAGGAUCUCAAGAUCUGGGUACCCCACCCGGAUGACACAUCAAGAAUUCACGAGAAGGUACGGGUUCCUAAUUCCUGAAAAUAGUGCAUGUCAAGAUCCUUUAAGUAUGUCAGUUGCCAUUCUGCAGCAAUUUGAUAUCCUUCCUGAGAUGUACCAAGUUGGUUAUAAGAAAUUAUACUUCCGAGCAGGACAGAUCGGUUCCCUGGAAGAUGUUAGGAAACAAGUUUUGCAAGGUACUCUAGAGGUGCAGAAGUGCUUCCGUGGUCAUCGUGCCCGUCAAUACUUUCAUGAACUUAAGGAAGGGGUGGUGACGCUGCAAUCAUAUGUCCGUGGUGAACUCGCUAGAAAGGAGUAUAAUGCUUUACUCAGUUUGAAGGAGCAGGUUGCUUGCAAGAAGCUAAACCUAGAUAAGCAGCUCAUGGCAGUUGUACAAAUACAAUCUGUAAUUCGGGGAUGGUUGGUACGAAGGCGUUCUAGUCGCAUUCGGAAUUCAAAACAGUCAAAUGUUAGUAAACGGAAACCAGGCAGGAGGAUUUCUGAAGUCAAGGACUUGUCACCAGAAAUGUUGCCUUCAGUUGUUGAAGAACUUCACAAGCGGGUGGUGAUGGCAGAAGCUGCCCUGGGAAGAAAGGAACGAGAAAAUGCAGCCCUGAGAGAGCAAGUUCAACAAUUUGAGGCACGGUGGUUGGAAUACGAAUCCAAGAUGAAAUCUAUGGAGGAGAUGUGGCAAAAGCAGAUGGCAUCUUUACAAAUGAGUUUGGCUGCAGCAAGAAAGAGUCUUGUUACAGACAAUACUAUAAGUCAACCCGGAAAGCAUCAUGAUGCCCAAUUACCUAACUUUAAUGAUUCUGAGGAUACGUCUUUGGGACCUCAGACUCCUGAUGCUGCCGCCCCACCUAUCAGAUAUUUGAACAAUGGAAUCAAGGCUGCAGCUAGUGGGGACAAAAAUGGUGGCCAUGAUCCAGUGAGCCCUCUUAUGAAGGAAUUUGAACAGAGGAAACGGAAUUUCGACAAUGAAGUCCAAGCAAUUGUAGAGGUCAAGUCAGUCGCACCUCUAAAUCCCACAGAGGAGGUGCGAAAACUGAAACACAGGUUUGAUGUGUGGAAAAAGGAUUACAAGUUCCGGUUAAGGGAAGCAAAGGCAAAAGCACAGAGGAUGGGACAUGCUGAAGCUGAGAAACAUCGCCGGAAUUGGAAUGGUCUUCGUGGCCCACAGAGUCGCUUCGGUUUGUGCUAGUUAAGUGUAUGGUAGGACAGUGUUGUAUGUGUAUAUAAUAUCAGUUUUGUUGUUGCGUGGAAGGCUCAAUUAUCCCGCGCCUUAGCUUACUGGGGGUUGUGUUAAUUCGCCCUCACAACCAAGAGUCUUUGUGUAUAUCGGGUCGAUGUAGCAGUACAGAACUUAGCUGGAUGUAAUUAGUGUGGAAAACAUGGAAGAGAGUGCCCGUAUUGCCUCUCCUGUUAUAAGUUCAUCUUAUAAGAUGGCCAGUAUAUAUUUAAAUCCCAUAAAAAAGAGUUAUG